ACURUAUAUUUAUUAAACAAUUUAUAUGUAUAUAUUAAGUGCAAUCUAUGAUAUAUCUAUGUGUUUGUGUUGUGUAUGCAAUGAAUUAGAUUUGUUUUGAGGUUUCAUGCGAUUAGUUGUAGUGAUAAUCACAUCCCAAGACAUUGUGACAACUGAUACCACUUUUGAUAAYUAAGUUGAUGUUUGACUAACUUUAAUGUGAUGUCAAUGGAUGAYGACUUAGAUGACUACGAGCUGUUUUGGUCAACAAUUGUAUCGCACAUUCAGAUAUUGUCCCAAUCGGUGGCCAAUUUCGGUGAUUUGUUUGUCAAACCGGUCCUAAAGGAGUGGUGCAACCAAUUGGUGUCAUUUGUGAUGAGACCGCAGACAUUGGUGGCCAUCUCAAUGAUAUUGAUUUUAGCGCUUAUAUGUCAUGUAUUUGAGUAUUGGUUUAAAUCGGCGCUUCGGUCGGCCGUCAAUUUGGCCAAACGGGUCAAUAUUGGACUGACUAUUGUGUCGACCGCUUUGUCAGCAUUUUUGCCAAAUGUUGAGUGCAUUACGCGUAUAGUUAGUGAUAAUAUUGUCGAUGAAUUUAAGGACAGUUAUGUCGGCAUUUAUGCCAUUCAAGGCAGAAGGCCUAAGAUGGAGGACAGGUUCACGUAUGUCAACGACACUACACGUGCAGGCAUUGAGUAUUGGGCUGUCUUUGAUGGACACGGAGGAGAUAGCGCCGCUAUAUAUGUAGAGUCAAAGUUAUACGAAGCGAUCCGUAAAAGAGUAGAAGAGUUGAUAACCAAAACUGAUUCACCAAAUGAUUUCCCAAAAAAUUCAGUCGACUUUUGUAUAAAAGAUGAUCCAAAGUCUAAGCUAUCUAUGAGUGAGUCAAGUGAUAGUAACAAGUCAUCAAAAGAGUACAAUUUUGAAGCACUGACUGUGACCUCAUUGUCCAAAAUAGUCACUGAAGAGGUCUUAGAAAUAGACCGACAAUUAGUUGUCGAUAGCAAAGAAAAAGGUGACGUCUCGGGCAGUACUGCAUUGAUUGCAUUGAGAAAUGUGGCUCAAAAUAAGUUGAUUGUGGCUAAUGUUGGCGACUCGAGAGCUGUUAUUUGUGACGGCAAAGGAGCCACUAUUCCGUUAUCAUUUGAUCACAAACCACAACAACUAAAAGAGCACAAACGUAUCAAAGAAGCCGGAGGUUUCAUCAAAUUCAAUGGUGUUUGGAGAGUGGCAGGUAUUUUAGCCACUUCUAGAGCUAUGGGUGACUAUCCAUUAAAAGACACAAAUAUGGUUAUCGCUGAACCAGAUAUUCUCACGUUUAACUUGAAUGAUAUUCAGCCUAAAUUCAUGAUUCUGGCCACUGAUGGCCUCUGGGAUACAUUUACUAAUGAAGAGGCCGUUGCCUUUGCAAAGGAAUCAYUAAUUAAAGUCAAACAAAGCAAUACAACRCAUACGGCCCACGAAGUGGCCAAAAAUCUAGUGUUUGAGUCAUACAGACGGGGCUCUCUCGACAAUAUUACUGUUAUUUUUGUCGUUUUUGAUGACAAUUUUGAUGAAACAUCYAAUUCUUUAUGAUUUGGAAAACUUUGUGUCCAUUCAGUCAAUUAGUCAUAAUUUUUCACGAUAUUAACUUACAGUACAUUUUUAAACUUAUUAUUAUUACAACUUUAUUUAUUUAUUUAAAUUUCAUGAGAUUUAUAUUUGUAAAUUA